GAGAUGAAUUCGCUUGCGCCGGGUGCUUUACAGGAGCACGCCGCCUCUGACAGCAGCGCGGGUUACGGUUUUCUCCUGGAAUGUGUAUAAUGAAGGUUACCGGAAAGAGGAGAGCAGAGAUGUCGGUGCCUUUGCUGAAAAUUGGAGUAGUGCUCAGCACGAUGGCGAUGAUCACCAUGAUGUCGCAAACCCUGCCCUCUCUAGUAGGUCUGAAUAGCACCAAACCGAGCGGCGCCUCCGGGUGCAAGCCGGACCGGAGCACUGGCGUGCUUCCUGCUAACCCAGAGGAGUCGUGGCAGGUGUACAGCUCAGCUCAAGACAGUGAGGGCAGGUGGUGUGUGUGCAAUGCCAGGGCUCCUCAGCAGACCAUGUGCACGGAUGCCAGGACCAAACAACUGAGACAGCCCUGGAAAAGUGUCCAGAACAUGACCCAGUCCAUCCAGAAUCUUGACCAGAGGACUCAGAAAGACCUGCAGUACGUGCAAAGGAUGGAGGUGCAGCUGAGAGGCCUGGAAUCCAAGUUCAAACAGGUGGAGGAAAGCUACAAGCAGAAUAUCGCUAAGCAAUACAAGGCAGCGCCAUAAAAGCUAAAAAUGGAGGAACUUAGGCCAAUGAUACUAGUGUUGGAGGAAUACAAGGUCGGUCGUGCAAAAUUGGUAAUGCAGUUUAAAGAGGAGGUCAAGAAUCUGACAUCAGUGCUAAGUGAACUGCAGGAGGAGAUCGGGCCUUUGACUACGAGGAGCUUCAACAACAGGGUGUCUAAUCUUGAGGAGAGGCCUGCAUGCAUGCAAAAAAUUACUUGUGGGAAACUGACAGGGAUAAGUGAUGCCAUAACCAUAAAGACAUCUGGAUCAAGAUACGGGUCCUGGAUGACUGAUCCACUUGCCCACGGCGAUACGAGGGUGUGGUACAUGGACGGUUACCACAACAACCGCUUUGUCCGGGAAUACAAGUCAAUGGCCGACUUCAUGUAUUCAGACAACUUCACCUCACACCGGCUUCCUCACCCCUGGUCGGGAACAGGGCAGGUGGUCUACAAUGGCUCCAUCUACUUCAAUAAGUUCCAAAGUAACACCAUCAUCAAAUUCGACUUCAAGACAGCCACCAUCAGCAAGUCCGGUCAGCUGGAUUACGCCGGCUACAACAACCGUUACCACUAUUCUUGGGGUGGCCACUCCGACAUUGACCUAAUGGUGGACGAAGGUGGACUUUGGGCGGUAUAUGCCACCAAUCAAAAUGCAGGGAACAUUGUCAUCAGCAAGAUCAACCCACUGACCCUGCAGGUCAUCAAGAGCUACACCACCAACCACCCAAAGAGGAGCGCAGGUGAAGCCUUCAUGAUCUGUGGGACGCUUUAUGUUACCAACGGAUACUCAGGAGGGACGAAGGUCUACUAUGCUUUCCAUACCAACUCCUCUACUUAUGAGUAUAUCGACAUCCCAUUACAGAACAAGUAUUCCCAUAUCUCCAUGCUGGAUUAUAACCCUAGGGACAGAGCUCUAUACGCUCGGAACAAUGGACACCAGGUGCUGUAUAACGUCACCUUGUUCCACGUUAUUCGCUCUGAGGAACUCUAAAGUGACAAUCUCCAUCCCUUUGUUAUAUACAGUAGCACUGAUGGAGUUUAUUACUGAAAAAAAGGGGUAAUGCCUGAUUAUUGUUUAAUAAAAGAAGACAUAAAAUGUAUCAAAAGUAAUAGUUAAUGGCAACAUAACGAACAGCUGCCAAAAGGUCUUUUUUCUUUUGUAAGCUUUCCUUAGAUAAUUGUGUUUGAAUUUUCACUGCAAAAAAUGUGUUAAUUAGUAUUUU